AUGGCACCUGCUGUCAGCUGCUUGCUUUUGGCAGUGCUGUUUGCUGCUGCCUGUAGAGUCAUCAUCUCCUCGGAUCAGAUGUGCACUGAGAAAGAAGUCAACAAAACAUAUAACUGUGAAUAUUUAGGUCUUAGAGAAAUACCUGACACUCUACCAAGCACGACAGAAAAUUUGGAAUUCAGCUUCAAUUUCUUGCCUACAAUUCAAAAUACAACCUUCAGCCGACUCAUUAAUCUUAUCUUUUUGGAUGUAGCCAGGUGUCAGAUUAAUUGGUUACAUGAAGACACGUUUCAAAGUCAUCAUCAACUGAACACCAUUAUUUUGACAGGAAAUCCUCUGAUAUUCAUGGCAGAAACAUCACUUAAUGGCCCCAAGUUUUUGAAGCAUCUCUUCUUCAUCCAAACAGGAAUUUCCAAUCUUGAGUUUAUCCCAGUGCACAAUCUGGAAAACUUGGAAAGUUUGUAUCUUGGAAGCAAUCACUUUACCUCUAUUGAACUCCCAACAAGCUUCCCAUCACAGAAUCUGAAAGUCCUGGAUUUUCAGAAUAAUGCCAUACACUACCUCACUAAAAACAACCUGGACUCUCUGAAGAAGGCCACAAAUCUAAGCCUUAACCUCAUUGGAAAUGACAUUAAAGGUAUUGAACCAGGAGCUUUCCAUUUGAAAAGCUUCCAAACUUUGAACUUCGGAGGGACUUUUAAUUUGUCUGUUAUAUUCAAAGGUCUCCAGAACUCAACUAUUCAGUCUCUCUGGCUUGGGACCUUUGAAGACCUAGAGGACCAAGACAUUACUUCAGCCAUGCUUCAGGGACUGUGUAAUAUGUCUGUUGAGAGUAUCAACCUACAGAAUCACUAUUUCUCUGACAUCUCACCUGCCUCCUUUGAGUGCCUCACCCAACUUCAGGAAUUGGAUCUGACAGCAACUCACUUGCAAGAUCUACCUUCUGGGAUUGAGGGGAUGAAUUCACUUAAGAAAUUAGUUCUCAAUGUAAAUAAAUUUCACCAGUUGUGUCAAAUAAAUGCUGCCAAUUUCCCCUCUCUUACACACCUCUACAUAAAAGGCAACAAGAACAAACUCGACCUUGGUGCUGGCUGUUUAGAAAGACUAGAAAAUCUUCAGAACCUUGAUUUAAGUCACAGUUACAUUGAGGAUUCUGACUGCUGCAAUCUUCAAUUCAGAAACUUAUCUCACUUGCGAUACCUGAACCUGAGCUACAAUAAGCCCCUUGGACUCCAGAGCCAGGCUUUUAGAGAAAGUCCUCGACUUGAACUCCUGGAUCUGGCGGUUACCCAUUUGCGUGUUAGCGUUCCACAAAGUCCCUUCCAGAAUCUCCAUUUCCUGCAGAUUCUCAAUCUGUCUUAUUGUCUCCUUGACACUAGCAAUCCGCAUCUUCUAGCAGGUCUGCCUGAUCUCCGGCUUCUGAAUUUACAGGGAAAUCACUUUAAAGAUGGGAAUAUCCCAAAGACCAACCUACUUCAGACAGUAGGCAGCUUGGAGAUUUUAAUUUUAGCAUACUGUAACCUCCUCUCCAUAGACCAGCAAGCUUUCCAGGGCCUUGAAAAACUGCUUCAUGUAGAUUUAAGCUACAACAACCUAACCGGGAACAGCAUUAGUGCUCUUCACCAUUUUAAGGGGACUUACCUCAAUCUGGCUGCCAAUAGCAUUAGCAUCAUGCCACUCCAUGUUUUACCCACCUUGUCCCAGCAGAGCAUCAUUAAUUUAAAUUACAACCCUCUGGACUGCACUUGUUCUAACAUUCAUUUCUUAAAGUGGUUCAAAGAAAACUUGCAAAAAUUCGAGGACUUGGAGGAGAUGGUGUGUGCAACUCCCCCGACUUUAAAGGGAGUUAAGUUGUGUGAUGUCAAACUGUCCUGCAGAAUUACAGCUGUGGGCAUUUUCUUUAUUGUUGUAUUUUUAUUCUUGUUUAGCAUUCUGUUCAUUCUUUCAGUUAAAUUCUUUCUUAGAUGGAAAUACCAACACAUUUAG